AUGCCAUUUGGCUUAAUCAAUGCUGGAGCCACAUUCCAGAGAGCUAUGGACAUUGCAUUUCAAGAUUUGAUUGGAAAAUGCAUCAUUAUUUACAUGGAUGACAUUACAAUUUUCUCAAGGAAAAGAGAAGACCACAUUGAAGAUUUGAGAAAAGUAUUUCAAAGAUGCAGAAAAUACGGGAUAUCCCUUAAUCCCAAGAAAUGCAUAUUCGGGGUUACAGAAGGUAAAUUAUUAGGACACAUUAUCUCGGAGAAAGGAAUCUCCAUUGAUCCAGAAAGAGUUGAGGCUAUAUCUAAGAUAAACCUCCCGAGCAGUAAGAAAGAACUGAGGUCAUUCUUUGGUAAGAUUAAUUUUGUGAGGGAAUUUAUCUCCGGAUUUGCUGAGAUAAUACGACCACUGAAUGAAAUGUUGAAGAAAGAUGCUAAGAUAGAUUGGACGACAGAAGCGAAGAAAGCAUUUGAAGAAAUCAAGUCCACCAUCGUUGAGGCUCCUGUUUUGGUUAGUCCUGAUUAUGCAAGGCCUUUUUAUGUGUAUUCAUUCUCUUCAGAACAUACUUGUGCUGCAGUCCUUACACAGAAGAACGAAGAUAAAGAUGAACAUCCCAUAGCAUUUAUGAGUGCACCGUUGAAAGAUGCGGAGCUGAGAUAUCCGAACGUAGAGAAACAAGCUUAUGCUUUGAAUGAAUUAGGAGAAAGAAGAGGAAAGUGGAUCGCCACUAUCCAGGAGUACGACAUAGAGAUACAACCAAUGAGACUUGUUCGAGGUCAAGCCUUAGCGCAGACUCUAGCAGUUGAUGGACCCAGAUUAGUCCAACAAGUCUAUGCAAUUGAAGAUGUCACUCUAGAUGAAUGGUAUAAAGAUAUUGUUUGCUAUUUAUUAAACCAUAGAUGCCCCGCGCAUAUGGCCCCAGCUCAGAAGAGAGCAUUAAGAUUGAAGUGUCAGCAUUUUAUGUUACAAGGCUCGGUUUUAUAUCGAAGAAACCAUGAAGGAAUAUAUUUGAGAUGUGUUGGAAAGAAUGAAGCUAAACAGAUUGUGGAACAAUUUCACAAUAGAUUUGGGACAGGUCAUGGUGCAAGCUUGGCUACUGCGCACCAAAUUCUGAGAGCAGGCUAUUACUGGUCUACCUUGUUCCGAGAUACUCAUGAACAUGUGAAGACGUGUCACACAUGCCAGGUUGCUGCCGUUCGAGAGAAGAAUCCAGCCAUGCUGUUGCAACCCGUGAUCGAGUCCAGACCUUUCGCUAUGUGGGGUAUCGACUUCAUUGGUAUGAUCAAUCCACCUUCCUCUGCGCAACACAGGUACAUUUUAACCGCGACUGAUUACUGUACUUGGUGGUCAGAAGCUCAAGCUUUGAAGUUAUGUACAAUUGAUGCCGUGAUUAAAUUUUUAGAGGAGAACAUCAUUACCAGGUUUGGUUGUCCACAUGCUAUUGGUAAUGGGUUAGCCGAAUCUACGAACAAGAAUUUGUUGAGUGUGAUUAAGAAAUUGUUAGAGAAAAAUCUGAAGGAUUGGCACACACAAUUGAGAUUCACCCUUUGGGCAGAUAGAACGAGAGUUAAGAAUUCAUUGGGGACAUCCCCAUAUUUUCUGGUAUAUGGCCAAGAGCCUGUCUUCCCUGUACAACUGAGGAUUCCUACAUUGAGAUUCAUACAAGAUUAUAUGGAGGGCGAAGACGGAGUGCAAAUGAGACUGACACAGUUGAUGAAUUUAGAAGAAAAAAGAGAUAAAGCAUUAGAGAAUUUCGCCAAACAUCAGAGCGUAGUUAAGAGAUGGUUUGACAGACAAGCACGGGUAAAAGCCUUUAGGAUUUCUGACCUGGUGCUAUACUGGGGUAAAGCCCAUGAAAGAAGGGGAGAUCACGACAAAUUUGACAAACUAUGA